AUGCUCACAGCUGCUAAGAUUGCUCGCGAUCUACGACUCAAGGAUGGCUACCGUAUCGUGGUGAACAAUGGCCGUGAUGCUUGUCAAAGUGUUUUCCAUCUUCAUCUUCAUGUACUUGCUGGGCGACAACUAGCAUGGCCUCCAGGAUUUAAGUACGUACGACGAUCCGAAACAGUAGGAUAUGGAAGUGGUUUAUAA